AUGACAACAACCCACCAACUAAAGCUGAUCUUUAGUAGACUGGUGAUUUUGGUUGAUACAGUUGCUUUUAAAUUCUCUGCAGAAAAACACUGUGUAAAACACAUAAAAACAACAAGAAAGGAAAUAAUUGGCAGUGAGUCGGUGUACUUAGAUGAUAUCACAGCAAGUGAGCUGGAAGAGAGGUUGUGUAGAGCAGAACCUCUGGAAAUAGGAAUGACUUUAGUAUACAGGGGUGGUUUUUGUGACCUCAACAAACCAACUGACAGCACAGCAUUGUCAGUGCACAAAGCAGUGGGUGUUCUGCUGAGCAUAAAAGUUUCCCACUCAGAGGUUCCUAACUUUUACUUCAUUAGUUUUGAUGAGAAUGAUUGGAAGAAUAUUGCUACACCAAAGUAA